AUGGCAGAAGAUGAGCAACGUCCUCAUACUGGUCUCAAAGGUGCUAAGAUCACUGAAGACAUCCAAGAAUUGAUGUCAUUUUCGGAUGCCAAUAAGACCAUUGGAGGAUACAUUCAAGAUGACCAAACUACCGUGGCUAUUCAUUCCGAAAGGGCGAAACUUCCAAGGUUUUCUUCUACAAUAAAGCCAAUUGAUGACGGAGAAAGCACAGAUAGUGCAGAGGACGUGGAAGCAGUGGAAACUGACGUUGAUGAGCAAGAAAAGGCUCAAAAUGUGGACGACACUGAAGCUAAUGAAGCAAAUGAAGCAAACGGAUCUCGGCAAUCGGUUGACCACCAUCAAUUGAAUCAGAAAGAAGACAUAAAUGUCAGUCAAAAGAAAAGUGCAACUGAAGAAGAAGGACGUAAUGAUGAUGAGGAUGAUGAUGAUGAUGACGAUGACGACGACGAUUUUUUCUGUGGAGAUUACGCACCUUCUAGUAGAAGUGUGGAUUCAAGCAUAUCCCAUCGUCCCGUCAUUAUUCAGAAAAUACAAGAUAAUAGCUCGGCGAUGAGUAGUCCUACGGUGGCCUUAAAACCACAAAAUACCUCCUAUACUAGCGAAAGAGAUGAGAUUGUGAUCGACUCUUCUGAGGGCGAUCAGUCCGAGAGGGAAGAGGAAAAUGCUUCGAAUCCUACAAAACGCAUCUCAAGCUCAGCUAAAGACGACCGUGUCAGUGUAAAACGGCCAAGAAACACUCGCACCAAAAACAACUAUCAGAAACAAACCGCUACCAGCAGUGCAGCUAACCAAGACGAAGACGAGGACGAGCAAUUUUUUAAAGAGUUGGCUAGAGAAGCAGGAAGGUCUGCCAGCACAGCUGAAAAAAGCCCUUCUCUACCAUUGAACCGUGUCUUCAACAUCAAGUUCACCUCCCUCUUGCAAGGAACUGUCGACAAGAAAGUGAAUGCAAAAGUCAAAGGUUCUCACACUUUUACGCAAAUUCUGCCAUUGGCACUGAAAUUACUAUUGAAAGAACACAACGUCAGCAAUGAGCUGCGACAUCACUACCAAAGUGAUAAUGUGUCCGUUUACCGUGGCGGCGUAAAGAUUUUGGAUUUCAUGACGUGCAACUCUUUACAGGUUUCAACAGAUCCUGAUUUAGACAUCAUCGAAGUUUCGUUGACACUAAUUUCUAAGGCUUCUGAAGACGAAUACAGAGCGAACUUGGAAAAAAAAAACCAUAGUGACGCAGCAUUGAUGGCAAGUGACGAGGCGAUAGAUGACAACGACAUCAGUUAUAUCAGUGGAGACGAUGAUCCCUUCAACUCACAAUUUUCUGAGUCGAGUCACAUACACAUCCUAGAUGACGAUUCUCCCACCGAGAACAGCACCAGCACAAUCCGAAUCGUACUGAUGGGUAAGAAUAAUGAGAAGACAUAUGUCAAUGUGCAUCAAAACACCUCUAUGGAAGUACUGAACAACCACUUUAGGAGUGUACAUCAUGUGCCAGAAAAGUGUAGCGUGAAGCUAUACUUUGACAACGAGGAACUGGCUUCCUCACAAUCGGUUGGAGAACUAGAGUUAGAGGAUGAAGAUAUAAUUGAGGUGAGGCUGAUAUAG